AUGAACCAAUUCACAAAUACAAAUAUCAUUGGUCGAUUCCAAAGGCCAAAUAGACCUCAUAAUCGGUUCCAAACAAUCCUAAGACGGCCCCGAAGGGCUCAACCUCAGAACUCUAUGAAUCCAUCUAUUUUAAACAUUGGAAGGCGCAUCCGACCUCAACCUCAAAACAAUAUGAAUCCGCCCAUUAACGUUACUGCUGCCAUUCAACGGUAUACCGUUUUGGUCGAAGGCUCGAAUCCAUUUAUCGGGUUACAAGUUACAGAAACUCCACCGCAGAACAGUCAAUUUCAAACAGAAUUAUUUUUGG